CUUUUCAUAAAAUCCCAGUACGAAUCUUUAGUCUUUUCUUCUUAAAUCUUAAGCUUUGGAGUAAGAGAAAUCCACAGGACCAGAAAACCAUUUUGGCCAGUGAAAAUGGGUUAUGUUUACCACUUUGCCAUCCUCUCUUCUGUUCUAUUACUCUCUUCUCUGCUCGUUGAUCCGACAGCUGCGACUGGACGGAAGCUCUCGGCGCUCGUCCAAGAACAGCCGUUGAUCCUCAAGUACCACAACGGCGCUCUUUUAAAAGGCAACAUCUCCGUCAAUCUAAUCUGGUACGGCUCCUUCACUCCUAUCCAACGGUCCAUAAUCGUGGACUUCAUACAGUCGCUGAGCUCCGGCGGGAAAACGAUGGCGCCUUCGGCGGCGUCGUGGUGGAAAACGACGGAGAAGUACAAAGGAGGAUCGUCGAAGCUUGUCGUUCGCAAGCAAAUCCUUCACGAGGCGUAUACUCUCGGCAAGUCGCUCAAGAGCUCGCACCUGGUCGCUCUCGCCGGAAAAGUCAACGAUCUGGGGGCGAUCAACAUGGUGCUGACGGCGAAGGACGUGGCGGUCGAUGGCUUCUGUAUGAGCCGGUGCGGGACCCACGGCGCGACCCGGGGGUUUAAGGGGAAGGCCAGGCAGGCCUAUGUUUGGGUCGGGAACUCCGAGGUCCAGUGCCCUGGCCAAUGCGCCUGGCCCUUUCACAAGCCCAUUUACGGCCCCCAGACUCCUCCGCUCGUUGCUCCAAACGGCGACGUUGGGGUUGACGGAAUGAUCAUUAACUUAGCCACUCUCUUGGCCGGUACAGUGACGAAUCCGUUUAAUAACGGCUACUUCCAGGGACCCGCGACGGCGCCGUUAGAGGCCGUCUCUGCCUGCACCGGAGUUUUCGGAUCGGGUUCUUAUCCGGGUUAUCCAGGGCGGACUCUCGUUGAUAAAGUGAGCGGUGCGAGCUAUAAUGCGCACGGGGUGAACGGGCGAAGGUUUCUACUGCCGGCGAUGUGGGACCCUCAGACUUCCACGUGCAAGACUCUCGUGUGAGAGAACGGACGAGGGAAUGAUAAUACGGCGUUUCGGGUCUACGUUGCUGACAUGUCAGGGGCUGCAAUCUGGUUGUACGGUAUUGUAGAUAAGGGGUAUGGUGUACACAUUUCUGUGUUUUGUCGUCUUGUGUGACGUGUAAAUUGUAAUGGGUUAGAGGGAGAAAAAAAAAGGGCAAUGGAGGGAAUUAAUAUCCCGAGUCAUCAUAUAUAUAAUAUUAAUAUUUUAAUAAUAUAAAAGGUUUCUAUAGAAGUGAAAGUGUUAUGAAAA